GGGGUUGACAUUUUUUAGUAGUUUUGAUCUAAGCUUGUAAAUUUAAUGCUUAGAUAAAAAUAAAUUAUGAUGUUAUAAUUAGUAAAUUCAUAACUACUGAAAUAUUACAUUUUGACCCGAUAAAUUAGAAGCCAGCAUUAUGCAUUAAAUUAAAAAAAUAUUUUUCUCUUAUUAAACUUUUAGAUAGUUUAAUGAACAAAUGUACCAUUCAACUAUUAUUUAAGUAUACAGGAUAUAGUGGUGGGGUACAACAGUCGUGUCGGUGUCAAAGGGAUCGAGGAACAUUUAGUACUAGCCCGUUGAUCUUAGGCGUUACACGUCGGCGCCGAGUUCAAUAUUGAUUUAAAAUUAGCCCAUCCGCCCGCCAGUGGAUACUCCUGCAACUGUAAUGUUAAUGGUUCGUUGUUUUUUAUACUUUUCUCGAGUCCCAUUUCAAUUGCCAGUUGCUACAUUCACUCUCUGCAACUGCACAUUGCCAUAAGUUGUGCUGCACAAAUUCAGUGCCAGUACAACGAUUAAUACCCAAGUUUAUCGCCCUUAUGAAUGCAACAGUUAUAAUAUUCGCACUACAUAGAUGUUAAUUGUUCUACUAAAACCAAUAGGGAUAUUAUGUUCCUACAUAUUUAAAGCCAUGGGACAAAGCUUGAUUAUUGGCUCUGAACGGUCAUCUAGGCGGAAGAAACAAAAAGGUGAUGGCAAAUUUGUUGAUACUCCAACUGUUUCUCUUACAGCAGCCUCCAUGACGGACUUGGACAAUGUAUCACAACAUCAACUAGUCUACAAGAAAAUGGAACAGUUGAUGGAUCGUAUGCAAGAUGAAAACACAGGCAUUCUUGUACGUACUGUAAAUAAAUUUCGUGCUAAAGUGCCAUCAGUGUUUACAGGUUGUGAUUUAAUACAAUGGAUUAUGAAUAAUCUGGACGUUGAUGAUCAAGUUGAAGCAUUAUACCUAGCUAAUUUAUUGGCUUCUCAUGGUUACUUAUUUCCAAUUGAUGAUCAUUUCUUGAAUGUUAAGAAUGAUGGGUCCUAUUACAGAUUUCAAACUCCUUAUUUUUGGCCUUCUAAUAUAUUUGAACCAGAAAAUACAGACUAUGCUGUUUAUUUAUGUAAAAGAACAAUGCAAAAUAAAACACGUUUGGAAUUAGCUGAUUACGAGGCUGAAAAUUUAGCUAAAUUGCAGACAGUAUUGUCUAAAAAGUGGGAAUUUGUGUUUAUGCAAGCUGAAGCUCAGAGUAAAGUUGAUAAAAAACGUGAUCGCAUGGAAAGAAAAGUACUAGAUAGUCAAGAAAGGGCUUUUUGGGAUGUUCAUAGACCAAUGCCUGGGACUGUCAUAACCACAGAAAUUGAUUAUAGAAAAUUAAAAAGAUACAAAGACUUAAUUUCAUUAGCCAAUGGUGAUAUUAAUAAUAUGAUAUCAAUUCAAGUUCCUACUAAACAGUGUGUAAAUAAACCAACUGUUGAGUCUUUGAAAAAGGAUAUAACUGCUAUGCGAUUAAAACUCGAUCGCCGAAAUAUAAAGUUAUCAAAAAUAGCAGAUACGUAUAUAACUUAUUUUGAACAGUAUGCAGAAUACGAUCCUUUUUUUACUCCUCCAGAAUUUACAAAUCCUUGGUUGCUGGAUAAUAUUGAAGUAUGGGAUGUAGAUAAAAAUUUAUUUUGGGAGGCUGUUCAAAAUCUCAAAAAGCUACCACAACGAGAAGUUCCUGAUAAAGCCCAAGAAAUUUGGACAGAAUAUUUAAGUGGUGAUUCUUUAAAUAUUGAUUCACAGUCCAGGGAAUUAAGUAGAAAAAAUAUGACAGCCCCUGAUAGAUGGGCAUUUGACAUAGCUGCUGUGCAUGUUUAUCAUUUAAUGAAAAGUGACAGUUAUCAGAGAUACAUAAGGUCAGAUAUGUAUAAAGAGUACUUAAAUACUUCUAAAAAAAAGACUUCUAUGAAGGGAAUUAGAUCUAUAGUAUCAUUUUCUGGGAAAAGAGAUAUAUGUCCCUCAUGAUGUUAUAUAAAUUUUAAACUUCUAAAAUAUUUUUACAAAGUGAAGUCCAAAAUUAUUAUAUAUUCCAUUUUUAAUAGUAUUAUUUUUGUAAAUAAAUGUUUUGAAUUUAAACUUAAAAUCAUUAGUUAACUAUGUAUAUUUUUAAUUUUUAAUAUAUUCAAAAAUUAAUUUUACCAUUAGUUUUAAAAGCAUUGUAUUGUUAUAAAGAGUUUUACACAAAUGUUAAUUAACUAUAAAAUU